AUGGACAAAGAGUCGAUCAAGUCCACAUCAUCAUCAUCAUCAACUCCAGUAACAUCAACUACAUCAACUGGCAUUGUUGGCAGCAGUAGUAGUGGGAGUAGCAAUAACAAUAGCAAUAGCAAUAUAUAUAACAAUCAGAAAAAGAUAUUCGCUCAGAAUGCAAUCGCAUCCUCAACAGACCCAGCCACAUCAUCAGUCUUACCAAAGCCUCGCGAGAAAUCAAAGAAUGCCUUGUUGCACUUUGUUGCUGGAGGACUUGGAGGUGCAGUUGGAGUCAUAUGUACAUCACCACUCGAGGUGAUCAAGACACAGUUACAGGGUGCCAACUCUGCAAUGCUCUAUGUUGGUAAGCCGAGAGGUGUACCAACAACAGUAUUCGCACUAAAGAACUUAUAUGAAAGAGAUGGACCUAAAGGCUUAUUCAAGGGCUUGGGACCACAUUUGCUUGGAGUGGCACCAUCACGUGCAGUUCACUUUAUGACAUAUAGCUUUACAAAGACUGCUCUGGAAAAGAUGGGAGUCAAGGAGGGCCCUAUCAUGUAUCUCACAUCGGCCAUCAGUGCCGGUUGUACAGUGGCCAUUGCCACAGGUCCCAUUUGGCUAAUCAAGACUCGAAUGCAAUUACAAACAUCUCUAAAGGACUUUAAUCAAGGUACACAUUAUAGGAACACAUUCCACUGCUGCAUGGCGGUGCUCAAGGAGGAGGGAGUCUUUGGAUUCUACAAGGGACUGGGUGCGUCCAUCAUCAGUGUCUCAGAGUCUGCCUUCCAGUUUGUCCUCUACGAAGGAUUCAAGAACCGAAUCAUUGAGGAGCAUCUGAAGCGACCUGAACAAUAUCCAUAUCCAAAAGAACUGUCGACAGUUGAAUAUUUGUCAGCGGCUGCUGUUGCUAAACUGAUAGCGGCUGUGACCACGUAUCCACAUGAAGUGAUUAGAACUAGACUGAGAGAGAAUAUUGCACCGGGUGCUGUACCAAAGUACAAGAACGUUAUACAGGGACUUUACUUGAUUGCCAGGGAAGAAGGAGUGCGAGGCCUGUUUGGUGGAAUGGGGCCACAUGUGCUUCGUGUCGUUCCCAACUCCUCGAUCAUGUUCCUCACCUACGAGCUGGUACUUGACGUUGCGAAUAAAAUAUCCAGGCUAUUCGAGACAUCGUAG